AUGGCCAUCUUCGGGCUCUGGGUCAUCAACAAAGCUGGCGGCCUCGUCUACCAACGCAACUUUGCCGAGGGCCUUGCCCAGCUCACGUCCAACGAGUACCUCGUCCUCGCCGGUACUCUCCAUGGCAUCCACGCCAUCACCAGCCGUCUCUCCCCCAGCGGGCCCAGCUCAGGCGCUCACGUCAUUGAGGGCGAGUCGUUCAAGAUGACCAUCUCCCUUACACUCACCGGAACAAAAUUCGUCCUCCUCACGUCUCUCGCCGAGCACUCCGCCGACGCCGUCCUCCAGAAGGUGUACGAGGCCUACGCUGACGCCGUCAUGAAGAACCCGUUCCACACCCCCGAGAUGCCCAUCCGCACCGAGGGGUUCGACGCGCGGAUCAGCGCGAUCAUAGGCACCGGGCAUACCUGA